CCCGGCACCCCAAAAAGAGCUUUCUGGGGUGGGUGUGUGUUGCGCGGGGGGGGGGAGUGCCAAGUGAGUGGCCCUGGGGGAGGAAGCUGCGGAUGACUUUGCAGCCGACGGAAGGAGCAGCAGCAGCAGCAGCAAUUGGAGGUGGAGGCGGCGGCGGCGAUUGCGGUUUGAGCAGCGACGGCAGCGGCGCCGGCGAGCUCGGGAGCCCCGUGGAACGUUGAGGCGCCGGGAAGGAAAACACCCCCCAUUGUGACGUCGCGUUCUUCGGAAGUGGAAAGUUUGUCCCAGCGUUCGAAAGGCGCGCCCGCUCGCCUUUGAUCUCCUGGGCUCCCUUGCUCGAAAAGAAGGGACCCCCCUUCCUCCCCCCGCGGCCAGAGGAAGCGGCUACUUUUCUUUACCCCUCUCCCGCUGCUUCUUCCAAGCCUUGUAUGGACUGUGGUGCUUGCCCGCAGCCAUGGGGAAGAUGCUAUCUAAGAUAUUCGGCAACAAGGAGAUGAGAAUCCUCAUGCUGGGCUUGGAUGCCGCCGGCAAGACCACCAUCCUCUACAAGUUGAAGCUGGGCCAGCCGGUGACCACCAUCCCCACCGUGGGCUUCAACGUGGAGACGGUGACCUACAAGAACGUCAAGUUCAAUGUCUGGGACGUCGGGGGGCAGGACAAGAUCCGCCCUCUGUGGAGACACUAUUACACCGGCACCCAGGGGCUGAUCUUCGUGGUGGACUGCGCCGACCGCGACCGGAUCGACGAAGGCCGGCAGGAGCUCCACCGCAUCAUCAACGACCGGGAAAUGCGAGACGCCAUCAUCCUCGUCUUUGCCAACAAACAGGACCUCCCCGACGCCAUGAAACCCCACGAGAUCCAGGAGAAACUGGGCCUCACGCGCAUUAGGGACAGAAAUUGGUACGUCCAGCCGUCCUGCGCGACGUCGGGGGAAGGACUUUACGAAGGUUUAAUGUGGCUUACUUCCAACUACAAAUCAUAAUUCUAGGGCUAUAUAUCUAUAUAUAUAUAUAUAUAAUUUACGCGCGCACACACAAAAAGAAUCUCUAACCAAUGAAUCCUAGAACAUAUAUAUAUUCUCUUUUCCUCCUCAACAAAAAAUUUGAAACGGAUUCUUCGCUCUAGCAGGAGCGGAGAGUUUUCUCGGCAAAUCGCUUUGCUGUGGCAGAAGCGGAGAGUUUUCUCGGCAAAGGGACGUGGCAGCAAGUUUGUCCACAAGAGAUUUUUCUCUCUCUCUUUCACCGCCUCCUCUGUCCUGGGAGAUGGCGGCGUUGGAUAUAUUCUGAUGGGAGCAAAGGGGUGGGGGGCAGGGAGACGUUUAGCCCCAACCCUAUAUACGAAAGCUAUGUCUGCUAGGUUUGCACCCCUUUAAUCUUUCUCUCUGCCCCCCAACUCCUCUGGUUCUCCAAACUGUGGUGUCCUCAGCCUGAAAGCUGAGCUGCCUUGUGGGCAGAGCUUGGCGAGGUUGCCCAUGCCAUAAUGGCAGUGUGUUUGGGUAGGUGGGCACCUUGUUGAGAGCGAAGGAUGGAUUCUGGUCUCCUUGCUUAGCGUUCCUGUCUUCCGCAAGCCUUGGGUUCAAGGGCCGCAAGUGGACCGACUGCCCUUGCCCGUUUUUGCAGGGUGGGUAGGUGGGCACGGGAGAGAGACACUCCCCCACCCCGAGACGAGCCGUGUUCAAGUCCUGGUGCCAUCCUGUGCUGCCGAUGGAGGUUCACAUUCCGGAAUGCCUCGCUUGCUGCAGGCUGCGCCCUGUCCUUCCUUUGCUGGGAACACCCGUCUCUCCUUCCCUGCCUCUCCCCUCUCUCUCUUGACCUGCUCAACCUGCCGGGGUUGCUUGCUUGGUGCAGGCAGGGAUGUGCGAGGCCAACGCCCAGCCGAACCAGUUCCCCCACCGCAAGGUGGGUGGAAUUGAAGGAACCAUUAAUCAGAGCUGGGGCUGGCUCGCUGGAGCCUGGAUCUUCCUGACGGAGGCGGCUGGAGUUUCCCUUCACUUUUUCAGCAAGGGACAGGUGGAUUUUUUUUGGGGGGGGGUUACAGCUCUGGGCAGCUUCCUGGGUUUUCCACUUGACUUUGGGUUGGGGAGUUCCUGCCUUCCAACCUGGCCAGAUUUCUAGCCGGACUGAAUCGAUCUGGGUCUGUUUUGCUCCUCUGCCCUGUUCUGAUGUCAUCCUUCUGCAAAACUUGUUUCCCCAAACGGGGAAUCGCCUACGCCACCCCCUUCUCUCUUUCCCCAUCUCUGGGCCACAGCCUUGGCUAAAGAUCUGCCUUGCCAAGUUUCCCAUCCUAGAGAAAGGACCAUUGGACCCAGUAUUUGACAACCUGGUGCCCUCCAGCUCUUUUGGGCCACCACUCCAAACAGCCCCUGCAUUUGGGGGGGUGCCAUGUACGCAAGGCUGAUUUAACUCAGCUUCAGCAGUAGUUGAGACCGUCUUCCAACUUGGGAACUACGCGUUCAUUACCGGGGUGUGUUUGUGUGUGUGUGUGUUUGAUUUGAGAAACGUGCUCCACCGGUUGUUUUCAAGGUGGGUGCGAAUUCUCCUCGCUUGCUAAUCUUACCGACAAAGUUGGUAAACUUUUUGGUCCAUAGAAGCUUAAACUAAGCGCAGGAUCCGAGGCACAGAACAAAUAAGAGCCUUCUUUUCAGGGACCAUGAAUCACUUUGCCCUGAUUUCACACUUCUGCUGUAACUCGAGAUCUAUUUCCCCUUAUUUCACCCCCCCCCCCUUUGCAUUUGAGGCCGAUUCUUAAGAAGCAGUGACCAAUUUGGGGCGGAAUCUCUCUUUGUCAUCCCUUGAUUCACCCUGGGCAGGGAGGACUCGCAAAUGACCCCGCCCUUCCAAAUUGCUAGCUUUUGAACUUGAAAUGGAUUCGUCCUCUGUCCCCACCCCACCCACCCAGCAAAAUGGUACUCAGGUAGUCGGGCAUUUCCACCUCCCUCCCCUUCCUGCCCAGGAUCACAAUGGGGAGAUCUCCUCAAUUUAACUUUGCAAACUUCUUGCUUGAAUGCCUUGCUGGGUGAGAAACCUCCUGUCCCUUUGACACAAGAUCCGGUUAGUUUUCCCCGAUUUCCUUUCACCCCCUGAACUAACAGGUGAGGACCAUGUGUGUAUGUUGCAGGGGCAAAUUCUCAGUGGGGAUGGUUUUUUGGCACUGUAGCGGGAAGAAAGCUUCCCGACCCCCAUGAAAAAGAGGCAGCCGUUGCAUGGCCACAUGGCUCAGGCCUUGAUUUUUCUGGUACCCCUUGUUUCGAUGCGCACAGGGGUCCCCAACUGCAAACUGAAUCUUAAGGUAGAUUUUUGUUUUUUGCGCGGGGCACGGAUCGGGAGCCUGUCCCUCUGUGCUUUGAAGAGAAAGGAAACAGCUCGUUUUCUGGAAAACACCGAGUCGUGGUGGUGGAAUGGUACGGAAGGUACCAAGUGAUCUGGGUAGGGUUCUUCCUCACACACACACCCUCUCUGGGACCUAUCGGGCCUCGUGCGCCUGCUGUCCCUGCAGAGAAGUCUUGUCCGCUGUCCUUUGUGCCAUGUUCCCACACCGCAGCCUGCUCUGCUUGGGCGUGAUCUUUUUUGAGCAAGUGUGACUCAUAACUCCCACAAAGAGUGUUCGUUCUCCUUUCACCCCCCCCCUUUCAACAGGGGGAGGGAGCGGUUCUGCACAGCUCAGCGAGCUCUUAACGCACAUCUGCAGCAAACUCUUCGUCCCUCCUUGCCAGCCUUAGAGCGGCAACCACAUCUCGCCUGCUUGGCCCCCUCCCGAAUUGAACCUGCGGCGGCGAAGGGAUCUGUGCCUCUUCCUCCCCCCCCCCCCAAAAAAAACCCUUGCACCCAGGACCAAAAGAGUGGUGUGGGACUUGGAUGCAGAACUCUGUGCCUGAAUUUCAUGGUGGCAAUAUUUUGUGCAAAUGCACCGCUCUUCCCUUACCCUACAGAACGGAAGUUUUGGUGCUGAUUUUUUGUGCCUGUUAAAACCCUUGAUUUUUGCUCAGAUCCCUGAAUAGUGGGGUUUAUUAUUUUUUUGGGAGGGAGGGGGUGACCAGGUGUGCCCUCCCCCGCUCCUGGUGGCAAUCUUUCUUUCUCCCCCAAAUAAGCUGCAUUUAACCACGGUUAGAAACUGCACUUGAAAAGUACGCUUUGAAAGUAUCUCGCGGGGUGGGAGGUUUUAACUCUUUAUUCCUGCGCUGUAUAUGUUUCUCCCCCUCGCUUCCAAAAUCACCCGAUCGCACCACGCACUUCUCUUCCCGCCCCCAAUCUUGCUGACAUUCCAACGGAUCUGCUUUGCUUUCGGGGGGGGGGCGGGAUCCGCCAGCCGGAUUCCCGGGCGAUCGCGUCGGAACGAGACAGAAUUUAAAAGUCAGGUGACGGCCAUCUGGUUAGGCGUUCCGAGAUAAUCCAAUUCCGCUGGCACGAAACGUGUGUGACCGCGGACGUCAUCGGGAAUUUGUGUGAUGGGAAUUCAGGCUUGGGGGGCGGGGGGCGGGAAUAGAACCUCUGGCCUCUUUCUCUCUCCCAGAUACCUUCUGCCUCCCUUUCAUUUCUUCAGAGUAAAAUGUUGCUUUUGGCUGUUUCCCCCGAGUUUUUUUUUGGGGGGGGGGAAGGCUGUGUGCUUUACCUUGCAAAGAAAUAGGUGGAAAGACGUCACUGUUUGCCCCCCCCCCCACCUUAUGAUGAAAAAUAACCACCUUAAACAAAGCUCUUCAAGCCGCAACACCUGGGUAGGGUGAAUGUGGCAGCCAGGUCUCUGCGGAUUCUAGGGCACAGAUGGCUGCAAAUUUAAGCUGGAAGGCAGUGGUUAAUUUGGGUGGGCCAGGCCUUAAUUUGCUGGCAAAGAUCUGAGAUCUUAGCCACUAGGAUACGUGUUUUAACGCACUUCUCCCCUGACUUGGAAAGUUCUGUGUCGGUGGUGAUGAUAUAAGAAGGCACUUAAUUUCCCACCUCCUUGCUCCUUGCCUCCCUAGUUUUUUGUGUUUUGUGGGCUUUUCUGCCUGUGUAGUCACAUUAAAAUAAUUCCCAGAUCACGCACAACGGAGGCACGGAGGUGCUCUAAUUUCUUGCGGGUGGGAGGGAACGAUGUGUGUGAAUAUAUCUGGGAGGGUUUCUGCGAUGUCAAUAAGGGCUUCUCAGUUCCUGAACGGAAGAACAAGGUACUUUUUGUAAACAAAUCUGCAGCUGUCUUAACUGGAAUACAUUGGGUUUGUCUUCGGGGUUUUCUUGGUUCCCUCCUCCUCCCCCACCCCCCCAAAAAUUAUGUUUUCUUUCUUCCCCCUGACUAGCAAAAUGAGGGGUGUGUUUAUCAGAGGCUGAUCUGCAUGUGCAAAUGUACUGUACAUUUAACGCUGGAAUUUCUUUUGGAAUCUUUUCUUUCAGGUUGGGGAAAUUCAGAAGUGUCUUGUGGUUAUGGGUUCCCGGGGUGGGGGGACACCCUAAUCUUUACAAACAAGGGCUCACUUCAGUGAACUGUUUUUUAAAAAAUUAAAAAAUAAAAAUAAAUGAUUUUUCUUUCUA